GCUGUUGAUGGAGACGGGGGCGGAUGACAGCCGGGACAGUGGUCAUCACCGGGGGCAUCUUGGCGACUGUGAUUCUCCUCUGUAUCAUCGCAGUUCUGUGCUACUGUCGACUCCAGUACUACUGCUGCAAGAAAGACGAGUCGGAGGAGGACGAGGAGGAGCCGGACUUCGCGGUGCACGCACACCUGCCGCCGCUGCACUCCAACCGCAACCUGGUGCUGACCAACGGGCCGGCGCUGUAUCCGGCCGCCUCCACGUCCUUCAGCCAGAAGUCCCCGCAGGCCCGCGCGCUCUGCCGCAGCUGCUCCCACCGCGAGCCGCCCUCCUUCUUCCUGCAGGAGCCCUCUGAGGACGAGGACGUGGUCAACGGCGGGGAGCGUGUCCUCUACAGGAGCCUCAGCCAGGAGGACGUGGAGCCGCCCCCCGGGGGCUUCGGGGGGCUGCAGGCCCUCAAUCCCAACCGCCUCUCGGCCAUGCGGGAGGCCUUCGCCCGCAGCCGCAGCAUCAGCACCGACGUGUGAGCGCCUGCCCCGGGGGGGCCUGACGCCCUGGUGAGACCCUCAUGGUGUGCCCACCUGGCCUGGCCUGGCCAGGCCUGGCCGGGCCGUGGGCUGGCGUGCCUGUCUUCGGGGGACCCUGGGCUCACUGUGGGCUGAGGCUCCUUGACCACAGGCGUGACCCGCAGGAGAGGGGUCACCAGGGCUGGAAGGAAGGCCAGCAGCUGUAGGACAGGGUGGGGCGGGGCCAGGCACUAGCCGGGGCAGUUGGGCACAGAGGCCACCGUGGCGCCUGAUGCCGCAGGUUGGUGGGAAGUCACCCUCUCGGCCCCAGUGACUUAGCCAUCCCGGGGCACCUUGGCGUGCCCCUCCCUCCCUGGGCCUCAGCCUUCCGACCUGCUCAAGGAAGGGGGACCCCAGCGAUGCCAGAGGGCCCGUAGCACGGCCUUCCCUGGAGCCCUCGAAACCGAGGACUCUGCCCUCUACCCUGACCUUGGCGGCCCUUUCUCUCUCCCUAGCCUCCCUCUUUCUCCCUUUCUCCAUCUUCCUCUUUCCUUCUCUCUCCCUUCCUCUCUCUCUUUUUCUCUCCCUUUCCCCCCUCCCCCGGCCACUCCAGGUUCCAAGGGCCAAGUGUCUGCCUGGGCCGAGACCCUGCUGUGCCAAACCCCCUGCAGAUGGCAGGUCUCCCCUAGCAGGGAGCAUUCAGGGCAGCAGGGCAGCAGGGCCCUUGGGGCACUCGGCUCCAGUCCACCGGCUUUCUGGCAAAGGGGUCACGGGGAGAGGGGAGAGGCCACGUCCCAGCCCACCCGCCUUGGGAGUGCCAGUGCUGGAAUGCACAUGCACAGUCCUAGCUCUGAACAGGCGCAAGGAGCAGAACCCCAAGGAGGAAGGCUGGGGCAUGCCAGGUGGGCAGAGCCGCAGUCCAGGGUGAACAGAUGCCCUAACUCACCGCGCCAGCCAGACGGCCUUCCCGCCCCAGGUCCCGUCUCCCCGUCGUGGGCCGAGGGCUGAUCUCAGAGCCCUCCAAGCUCUGGUCCUCACGGAACUGAGGGAGGUAGAGCCCGGGUCCCCUGAUGCCUGCUUCUCAGCAGCGUCCAGGAUGGGGCCCAGCCAAGCCCCUGCCCCGCGCCCCCAGGCCCAAGCAGCAAGGAUUCGCUGCUCCUGUGUGAAGACCUCACCUGAGCCCGCAUCCACCAAGCUCCAACUUAGGCCAAAGCCUCCCAGGAGUCCCACCCCCCUCUGCAGCCCUCUCCCUCUGCUGAAGAAAUGAUGUCGGGACCACCCCAGAGAAGUACUCCAAACCCAGGGGCCCCAGCCACUGGGAAGGCAGCUGCCCCUACCCGAAAGAGGCAAUGCUUUCUCGCUCAGCAGUCCGGCCCCAGGGGCCCCUCAUUCUCUCCCGGGCCGCCAUGGAGCCCCGGGGGUGGGGCAGCCUCUCUCUGCCAGGAAAGGCUGACCAAGCUCCCCAGCUAAGGCGCCUUCCUAAAAGGCAAGGCUUGAGGGCCCAUGGCCUUCCCUGAGACGGGGCAGCCGGGGCAAGGCACUUACUGCUCUUACUCAAUGAGUUCCCGAGAGGUCUGUCUGAAAACUAGAGACGACGUCCUAUUUUUGGCAUUCUCCGUUUUUUCCCUCUUCUUCCUCCUCCUGCCUCCCUUGGACAUGCUAACUGAUUCAUCCUCAAGGCCCCUGCUCCCGGGGGCCCACCCACACCUCCGCCCCCCACCCUCUGUCCAUCCUUGUGGAGUCUGUUUCUGAUGCAUCCGCUUGGGGGGUGGGCGGGGUAGGGGCGGGGGUGGGGGCCAGGAGCCAGCACUUCCUGUGGCUGUUCUCUUCCCACUUCCUCCUUCCUUUCCAGUCUCUGUCCUCCCUGUAGUAGACGCGUAGAUCUCUCUGAGACGAACUAAGUCCCACCCCAAUUCAUGCCACUCCGUCAUGGGGACCCGCUGGGGGAGCUGCCGGCUUCCCAAGAAAACUAAACACCAAUAAAACUGACCUCCCACACGUG